AAGCACUGUCGUUCAUUCUCACAUCCCCCUCCUGUAUUUUCUCUUCCAAAGCAGAGAGUCUCCCAAAUGAAUAUUCUCCUUUCUGCUGUUCUGGGCGAGCUGACAACAAGAUCCAUAAAUUUCCUCAUCAAAAAUAGCGUCAAGCCAACAGCACCGGACGUGGACGAUCGCCUCCGCAGGAUCCUGCUCCGGGCACAGGUCAUCGUCGAUGAGGCCAUGGGACGGCAGAUCACAAACCGAGGUAUUCUCCAGCAGCUGGACAUGCUCAGAGACGCCAUGCACCACGGCUAUUACAUCAUCGACACCUUCAGAUACCAAUCUCACAGCGAAGAGGAGGCCAAAGGUCAGGUCCUGAGCAAGUCUUUAUCUCUUUUGAAAGUAGUAAAUUCUCUACAAGGCUUGUAUUCGUCCAGUAGAAGCACACAGAUUUUUGAACAGCUGCAAAAGUCGCUUGAUGAUUUAAGCUCCGUGAUCAAUGAUAUGGAGGAGAUAGUCGUGUUCUUGAUGAGCUAUCCACGCAUAUACCGCCAACCUUAUAGCAUGCAUCUCCUGGUGGGAAAUUGCAUGUUUGGGCGCCAGAUGGAAACUGAACUUGUCAUCAGCUUCCUAUUGCACACACAACCUCAUGCUCCUAAAGAACUAGAGGUCCUGCCAAUCGUUGGUCCCGGUAAAGUUGGCAAGACCACCCUUGUUGCUCAUGUUUGUGAAGAUGCAAGGGUCCGUGACCAUUUCUCAGAAAUACUUUUCUUGCACGGCCAUGACCUCACAGGUGUUGACCUUGCUGCGCUCAAAGAACGAUAUGUAACAGAACAUCGAAAUCAUGGAUCAAAUUCAAACAAAGAGGGAAGAAGAUUACUUAUUGUUGUUGAGUUAGUUGGCACUCUCACCGAAGAUGUAUGGAAUAGGUUGUGUUCUGCUUAUAUGCGACAUGUACCAAGCGGUAGUAAAAUAAUUGUCACAAGCCAGUCCGACGAAAUCAUAAAGUUUGGAACAACCCGGGCACUAAGUCUGAAGUAUUUGUCCCAUGAAGCAUAUUGGUAUUUCUUUAAGAUGGUCACAUUUGGAAGCAUGGAUCCUGAGAUGCAUCCGAAGCUUGCUCGCAUGGCCAUGGAGAUAGCCGGGAUGAUGAACGGGUGUUUCAUUAGUGCAAACAUGAUGGGUUGUUUGCUGAGGGACAACAUUGAUUUCCACUUUUGGUGCAAGGUUUUGGCCUUCUUGAGAGGUACCAUCAAGCAGCAUGUCUCUAAAUUCGGUGGGCAUCCAGUUGAUCUUAUAAUUGAGAAAAAGCCUGCACAUCUUGGGAGAAUGUUUACACCUUCUGAAGAUUUUGUGCUUCAUUCGGAAUAUCAACGCUCUUCACAAGAAGAUGUACCGAAGAUAAGAGUCCAAGAUGUGAUUUAUGGAAGUGUUAAGGCUCAAGGGAAAUUUGAGGCCCUAGGAUGGAGGUCUCGAAUACCACCCUACCAUAGCUAUGUAAAUGUAUGUGAGAUCCGAGAGCUCAAAACUAUGGGUACAAAGAGGAAGCGUUGUAUGAAAAACAGAGUUGCGCUUUAGUAAUUUUUCUGUUAUACUAUGGUUAUGUAUGAUGACAUGUAGUGAUUAUGUUUUGAUGGGGUGUCACAAGUCACAACACUGUCAUGGCUGGAUCUUACAGGUUACAAAAUUGCCAAACUGUACUACUACCUUGGCAUGUAUAAAGUUUUUGACAGAAUGAGAUAGCAUUUUCUUAGUUCUGUCGUUGUCAGGCUGCUUGCACAGAAGCAUGCUUGAAUUCAGAGAACACUUCAGUAAAUUGUACCGAAUGAUUUCAAAUGAUUGUAGCUAUACCUGUACUCAAUCUUGUUGUCUUUUAAGUUCA